AUGCAAUACAUCUUCCUAAUCUUUCUUUCUGGCGCCUUAGGGCAUACGUGGUUAGAAUCUCUGCGUCUCAUAGGUUCAAAUGGGGCAUUCACCGGAGAGCCCGGAUUCCCGCGCGGUUUUAUUGCUCGAGAUGAUCCUGCUUUCAGUGACGACUCGUCGACCUACAGAAUCACGGCGCCAGACUCUUCCACCCCACUUUGUCAUCCCUCUCAGCAAAAGGCCAACGGGUAUGAGAACCCACUCCACCCACGUCUGAAUGCCUCUGAGGGAUCCUUUAUCGCCCUACAAUACCAGGAAAACGGGCACACGUCGGCACCACAGGUUCCAGAGGGAAGACCGUUCAGGUCUGGUAACGUCUUUGUCUACGCCUCUACCAGUCUCAAAGACGAGAAGCUCACCUCCGUGCACGGAAACUGGACGGCUGACGGGUCGCUGGAGAACGGUAAGUUGCUUUCCACUCACUUCUUUGAUGACCUCAUAUGCUUUCAAGAUCAAGGAACCGCACCUACGAAAAUCAACGCUGAGCGCAAAGCCGCUUCCGGGGGCUUACCCUCCGUAACCUGCCAAACCGAUGUUCAAAUUCCACAGGAUAUAAAGUCUGAUGUCCUUGCUCUGUACUGGGUAUGGGAAUGGCCGUUAUGGGCGAAUACGGACAAAUGGGCCAAUGAGACCUACACUGCCUGUUCUGAGGUUCUCAUUUCGCAAGGAGGUGAUAGUUCCUCUGAAAUAGUUUUGGACGAGGGGGUGGCUUUCGAUAAGCGUGCCGUAAUGAGCCAACUAGCCACCCAGUUCGAAGUCCUCGAGCUAGGCACAGGCACGGCGGCGCCACCUCUUGUCACAAGUCUGUUUCCUAACACUGCAAGUGCACCAUUGUCUACAGACCUAGCCACAGAUCUAGUCACACUCAGCAGUAUGCCCACGACCACGGUAGCCGAUGCAGAUGGCCAUUCAGGAUUUGUCACCGUCUACGUUCCAAGUGCGACCGUUACAGUUACUGUGACGGCAGUCGCGCCGCCGUAA